CCUCCUCUGUGCUUAAUUCUUCUUCUUCGUCCCUUUGUCUCCGUCACGAACCAGAGCUCAAUAAUGGCGUCGAUUCUCUCGAAGAAGCAGAAGAAGAAAGAAAAGUACACGUUAAAAGAGCUCAAGUCAUUGGGUCGUGACCUACUCUCUUCUCGAGCUCACAUCAAUAACCUUCCUCUCCUUCUCACCUUCGUCUCGCCGGAAUCUCCGCCGCAGUUCGUGGUGGAAUCUCUCCUUUCCCUCCAGUCCUUUUUCACUCCUCUUCUCUCUCAGCUUCCCUCGACUUCGUCACAUCCUUCUUCAGCGAAACGCCCUCGUUCCGAAGAUGACGAUGAUGAUUCGUCAAAGACUAAGAAAGCUGGAGCCGAUGACCCUGAAGUUAUCUUCAAAGCUUGGCUAAGAUCGAAAUUUGACGAGUUCGUGAAGCUUCUUCUCGAUGUUCUUGUCUCUGAACAGUCCGAAGAUACUCUAAGGGAUAUUGUAUUGGGCACGUUAAUGGAGUUUGUAAAGCUUUUGAAUGUGGGAAGAUUUCACUCUUCCAUCUACCACAGAUUACUUAAUGCUAUUAUUCAUUCUGCAGUUGAUAUCGAUUUAUUCUUGGAUAUACUUACCUCAAAGUACUUCAAGUACAUUGAUGUCCGCUAUUUUACCUACAUCAGCAUGGAAAAGUUUGUGAAAACAGUGGAAGCAUCGGUUUUGUCUGCUGAUAGAAGCGCGAUUGAAAAUAAAGAGACUGAGAAUGAUAUGAAAGACCGCCUAGAGGUCUCUAUCCGCAAGAUCUAUCAAGUUUUAUCUCAAAUCCCACCCCCUGAAAAACAAGCUGAAAAGUCUCAACACGAGAUGUGGAGUGGUUCAGAUGGAAGUAGUAGUGAGAAACCGACAGAUAAAAAGAAAAAGAAUAAGGAACAAGACAGCUGUCUUCUUUCUCCGACUACAAUUGCCAAGAGGAUGAAGUUGAAGUUCACUAAAGCAUGGAUUUCAUUUCUCAGACUGCCACUUCCCCUUGACGUGUACAAGGAGGUUCUUGCUAGUAUUCACCAGACAGUUAUCCCCCAUCUAUCUAAUCCUGCAAUGUUAUGCGACUUCCUAACAAAGUCAUAUGAUAUCGGGGGAGUUGUCAGUGUGAUGGCUCUAAGCAGCCUCUUCAUCCUCAUGACCGAACAUGGUUUGGAAUAUCCCAACUUUUAUGAAAAACUCUAUGCGUUACUGGUUCCUUCGGUCUUUGUGGCAAAGCACCGAUCAAGAUUUCUUCAGCUUCUUGAUGCUUGCCUGAAGUCACCAUUGCUUCCAGCAUAUCUGGCAGCUUCAUUCGCAAAGAAACUAAGCAGAUUGUCACUUUCCGUUCCUCCCUCUGGAUCGUUAGUCAUAACGGCUUUAAUCUACAACCUUUUGCGAAGACAUUCUUCAAUCAACCAUCUGGUGCACAAGGAACCUGAUGAAAACGCCAAUGAAGCCAAUUCAGGCGCUGGUGAACACAAUGAGAGCCAACCAAAGACCUACAAAAAGCUUGGCAUUGACUAUUUCAACAAUCAGGAAAGUGAUCUCAAGAAAACUGGUGCCCUGAGAAGUUCUCUUUGGGAGAUUGACACUUUACGCCACCAUUACUGCCCACCAGUUUCAAGGUUUGUUUCAUCACUAGAGACUGAUCUAACCAACAGAGCAAAGACCACUGAAAUGAAAAUUGAAGAUUUUAGCUCUGGUUCAUAUGCCACCAUAUUUGGGGACGAGAUUCGGAGAAGAGUAAAACAAGUUCCAUUAGCUUUCUACAAAGUGGUUCCAACGUCAUUGUUUGAGGAUUCAGAUUUUCCGGGGUGGACAUUUUCCAUUCCUCAAGAGGAAGGCAAAUGCUGAUUUCAAAGAGUAGCCAAAACUCAUGAAGUAUACACUGCAGGUAUUCGAAGAUUUGUGAUACCAAAUUUUGUAGUUUGGACCGAUCAGAUAUGGUUUUGGUUAGGUGUGUUAAACCGGCUAUAUUUGUUUUUUGAGUUUUUGUUUUUUGCUUUUCAACGUGAGCAGAUCCCAAAAGAAAGAUACUAAAACUUAAAAAGUCUGCUUUGUAGUCAGAAAAUUACAUAAACCUAGGAAGAAGAAACUAGAAAGAUCAUAAAUGGAUCCUUUUUUA